AUGCCACGUCCUAGACGCCUCGGUGUCGCAAAAAUCCGGCAAGCCAGCACUGCCGAGGCCCUAAGCAGAGAAAUCCGGACCUGUUUUACGACCCGAGCCGACGGAGAAGUCAGUAACCAGUGGUCGUCACUGAAGACAUCAGUCUAUGAGACAGCUGAGAAAAUCCUUGGAUACACCCAGCGAUGCCGCAGUGACUGGAUCAACGGAAGAACCCUGCAGUUUUCUGCUCAGACGGCUAGAGCCAGGUCCCGCAACGAUGACUACUUCCGCCAACUUCGGAAGAUGACGACAAAAUCGGCCAGGGAUGACCGGAAACAAUAUUGGGCUGGAAUAGCGACAUCCAUGAAACAGGCCUCGAACGUUGGUGACACUCGAAAGCUUUACCGUCUGAUCCGCCAAGUUAGCGGUAAGCCCUCCACACUGAGUGACUGUUCGCGAUGUGAACAGCGGCUUUAUUGCUGACAACUCGGCCAAAGUCGAGCGCUGGCGUGAGCACUUUGAGUACCAUUUCAACUUCGCUACCCAACUUACUUCGCCCUUGCUCUCCUCCUCAGCGGAGUUUCUUCCCUCUCCUACCUAUGCAGUGCCAUGCGAUCCCCCCUCCGAUGAAGAAGUCGCCGAUGCCAUACGAAAGUUGCGCAACAAUAAGGCACCCGGAGAGGGCGGUAUACUCGCUGAAAUCUUCAAGUCUUGUGUCGACACUCUGGCGCCCUGA